UUACGUAGAGACGUGGAAGACGUCUGAACGGAAACUUCCAGGGUUUCCUCCUUAGCUAGCUAAAGCUACAUUGUUGCUCAGCAAUAGUAAAUAUAUUAGCUACCGAUAUAAUUUCUAACAAGGUUUGAAGUUAGCUAGUUACGUUGUAAUUGGAUAUCAUUUGACUCACAUCUGUUAUUAUCACGUUAACGUGCUCUUGCUGCAAGCAAAGUUUUAGCCUACUAGCUAGGUAGCUAGAAUGACAAGUAGGAUAGACUACAGCGUGUGGGACCACAUUGAGGUUUCAGACGAUGAAGAUGACACGCAUCCAAACAUCGAUACACCCAGCCUUUUCAAAUGGAGACAUGAGGCGCGUGUGGAACGAAUGGAGCAGUUCAUAAAGGCUGGUGAGGACCUGGAGAAGGGGCUGGCUGAAUCUAAGCGCAAGUUGACUGAAGCACAGAAGAAGACAAAGAAUCUGUCCAGUUCAGCCACGGACGAUGCCAAAGCCGAGCUGAGCAAGGCACAGGCCGAGGAGAAGAGGCUGAAGAAGGAGGAGCGAGACUGGGAGAAGAAACUGGAGGACCACCGGCGGGAAGAGAAGAAGAUGCCAUGGAACGUGGACACACUCUGCAAGGAGGGCUUCAGCAAGAGCGUUAUGAACGUUAAGCCAGAUGUGAAGGAGGAGACCGAGGAGCAGAAAGAACAGAAACACAAGACCUUUGUUGAGAAGUAUGAGAAAGCGAUCAAACACUUUGGUAUGAUGAAACGCUGGGACGACAGCCAGAAGUACCUAUCAGACAACCCUCACCUGGUGUGCGAGGAGACGGCCAACUACCUAGUCAUCAUGUGCAUUGACCUGGAGGUGGAGGAGAAGAAAGCUCUGAUGGAGCAGGUGGCCCACCAGACCAUAGUGAUGCAGUUCAUCCUAGAGCUGGCUAAGAGCCUAAAGGUGGAUCCCCGCGGCUGCUUCCGUCAGUUCUUCGCCAAGAUAAAGACUGCAGAUCAGCAGUAUCAGGAUGCCUUCAACGAUGAGCUGGAGUCCUUUAAGGAGAGGGUGCGCGGCAGGGCCAAGAUCCGCAUCGAGAGGGCCAUGAAGGAGUACGAAGAGGAGGAGAGACAGAAACGCCUGGGGCCCGGAGGACUGGACCCUGCCGAGGUGUAUGAGUCCCUACCUGAGGAGAUGCAGAAAUGUUUUGACGAGAAGGACAUUGCCAUGUUGCAGACUGUCAUCACUAAGCUGGACCCAACAGAGGCUAAGGUCCACAUGAAGAGAUGCAUUGACUCUGGCCUCUGGGUCCCUAACUCACGGGCAGACGAGGGAGACGACAAGGAGGAAGACGCUACUUAUGAAGAGCUGAAUAAGGAGAUGGGUGAACAGAAGAUAGAAUGAUUGACAUUAAUUGACUUUACGAUGAUGAUAUUUUCAUCUAUGUAGUCAUUACUUCUAUUUCUACUCCCAAUGUUUUGUCAUGAAUUUGUCCUUAACGCUUUGGAACAAUGUAACCUCUCUGUGGUGAUGUCCACUCUUUGUGGACAACAAUAUCACACCAAUAUCACUUGCUGAAUGCUUUUCUUUUUUUAAACAUAAUUCUUGCUUGGGCCUUAUUAGUAAAGCUGUAUUCUUAAACUUG